AAUCACAAAAUAAACGGCGAAUGACAUACUCAUGCCGGCGACGUCACCAAAGUCGUGAUAUUGCUCGCCGGUUGCAGUUUUGGAAAGAGCCUCGCUCAUAGUCGAAGACACACAGCGACGGAAGCGGAAAGCAAGACGUUCGCUAACGACUUGCUUGUGAACUGGGACGCCACUGGAUGCUCGUUCAACCUGGGAGAACAACCUGCGACUGAGGGAUCAUCGAUCAGGUCUCAAAGUUGGGGUUUCUGCUUUUAUCCUCUCGCCAGCGUGCUGAGUAACUCUAAUCGUUAUCUCAUGAUAAAUGUCUGGCAAUAAAUUUCAUCCCAAUCCCUCCGAGGUUGCGAUUGUGAUCCCGAAGCGAGUGACUAUCGAUGUCCGAGUCUUUUCCUGUAAAGGGAAUAAACGAACGCUGCUCGCAGAUGAAAUACGUUUACUGAGAACUGAGAAUACCCUUUCAAGCUGCACACUCUCAAAAUUCCUGCGAUCCGGGUUGAACGUUGAACGUUUGAACAUCAGGUGCCCGUUAGAGGAAGCUGGAUUGCGCGGCACUUCUGGUUUCUUGCCGAGACGACGGGCCUGGAGGCCGGGGCACAUCAGUCACCUCGUGCCCGAUAGAACCUCACGGUCGCCUUCCGUACCAGCCAUAAGUAGCGUGUAUCAGGGGAAGCAGGGAGGCGUGCACUCCGUCAUGUACCGAAAAGACUGCGCAGUAGGGUGCGGCACAGGUCUGCCAGUCAACUGCACACGUCGUCGACGGCUGCAGCCCUCCAUCGAUCCCUUACGUCGGUCACCACUUGAAGAGGAGGUCACCGCGCACGACAAAUUACAAUCCGACUCUGUAGAGCAGAGGUGUGUUUCGGCAACUUUCGGGUCCUCGACUGAGAUGCCGGACUGGUCGAGUAGAGUACUUAUGAGGAGUAGCUAGUAGAUCCCGAGACUAGAAUUACGCUGAGAGACGAAGGCGACGCAAUAAAAAAACUAGUUCACUUCGGCGGCGCAGUGAGUCGAGAACUAAUCAAGUGAACAGAUGAGAAACAGUAGAGAGUAAUGAUUCAGGGCACCAACCGGAUCAGCCUGCGACUCUAAUGGACAAUCCUCCGCAGCCUCCACCACCAUGAGCACCCUCCGCAAGCUCAAGGCAUACGUCCUAGGCGGCGACUCGGACCAGUCCGCUGAGCUCAAGGCCGCCGACAUCCCCGUGUCCGACGCGGA